ACGUUUAGAACAGCCCAGAAAGCUUAUUACUUUGGUGUGUUGAAUGUGUAUCUGUUGUAACUUCUAAUGGAUAGUGAGCCACCAUCCGGAGGACGUUUGGUCGAUAUAGUGGACAACGAGUGGAUUGCAGACGAAUUGCCUUUCGACCAUAUCCAAGUGCCUUGCGAUAGGCUCCCGGAUCCCGAAGCAGACAAUGGUGACUCACACUUGACGUUGAAAGAGCAAGAGCAGAAAUGGACUGACUUGGCUCUUACAUCGCUAGCACCGGAUCUGUCCGUUACCGAGCAAGUUAAUUUCCCAGGUGUUUAG